UGGAAUGGCCCGGAAACGAUGGAACAUUUGUUUCUGUACUGCCCGGUUGCGCGAGCUAUUUGGGACCAUUCUGGGCUCGAUUAUCUGGGAGAGGGUUUGCCCCGUCAUACUUUCCCUUUGUUUCUUAAGCGGUUAUUGGCAUUGAUCCACCAGCCCUCGCUAGUGAUGGCGGUGGUUGCAGUCCUUUGGCGGAUCUGGAAGUCCCGGAACUGGGUGGUCUUUGAAGGCAAACAGUUUGGGAUUCCAGCCCUUAUGCGACAAUUCCAUCAACAGUAUGAGGAGUGGAUGGCCUUGCCAGUGGAUGGGCGGCCUCCGGGCAGAGAUCUGGUGGUGCUGGCGGAGGUAAACGUGGGGGAUUUCCGGUGGAUCUGUCGUUGGGAUGGGGCUACUAAGGGUGGGUCGCAUGCGGCCGGUGGGAUGGUUCUUCUCACUCCUGCUAAUAUGCUGCUUCGGGCUAAGGGGGUUCAGUUUCCCUCGGUGGAAGAGCCGGCGCUGGUGGAGUUGCUUACGCUCCGGGAGGCUAUUACUUGGUGUUUGGACAGUGGGUGGACGGAGGUCAGGUUUGAGGGGGAUGCUAAGGUGCUUAUUGAUAAAAUCAAUCAGGGUGAUAAUAGGGAGAGUCGGUUGGGUGCGAUCUUAGAGGAGAUUGGUCUUUUGUUGGAUGCCCAACCGGGUUUUAGUGUGCGAUUUAUAGGACGGGAGAACAAUAGGGUAGCUCAUGUAGUAGCUAGAAAGGCCCUCUCUUUGUCUCCUUCUAUGUAUCGUCUGUUUGAUUUCAGGGCCUGACUGGUUUCCAGGAUGUAACUAUUUUUUAUGAUCAAUAUAUGAUAUCUUUUGAA